CAGUGAUGGUAAUAAUACUAGUACUACUAUUUCAAGCACUACUACUACUACUACUACUACUACUACACCCGCAAGUAAUUUCACGCUUAGUAAUUUUAGGAACACUGGUUCGAAGAUCAGGUCCAAUUCACAUGUUUUUCCUUCAUCAUCAUCUACUGCUGCUGCUGCUUCAGCCGCUGCCAGCAACAAGUUUAGCAAUAGCGAUGACGACGAUUUGUUGCUUUUUCUGACGACGCUUUCAACUGGCGCGACGGCUAUCGCGUCGACGAUGACGUCUUCUGCGGAUAUUUUUAGAAAAAAUUGUGAUACAGCAGCCACAACUGCAGCGACGCUAGCCACAAAUUCCGUCGAAAAAGGUCAUCAUCACUGGCCUACAUUCCUCGAUAUUCAGUGAACGUCGAAUCCUUCCCGCCAUUAGCGAGCAAACAAACAUCGACCAUGUCCAUAUCGAUAAUGACGUCAUCGACUACCAGCAGCAGCAGCAGUUACAACAUCCUGACGGCAGCUGCAGACUACCUAUCCUCAUACUUUACAAACUUUCCAUCCAUUAAUAGCCACGCGUUCACCACGACAACGUCGUCAGCCGCUACCACACCGACUUUCAUACCGGCAACAUCCCAACAACAACAAAGCAACACGUCAUCGACAGCGACGACAACAACAACGACGACGACGAUGGCGUCAUCAACGGUAGCAGCAGCAGCAGCUUCUACGACGACAACGAUAGUAACAACGACAACAAUAAAGAUAGACCCUAUGUACAGUUUGACGCCCCUAGGCAGAGUUCCCCUUACGAAGCAGCAGUUAUAUCAGAUGCAGAUGCUGUCGUCUGCCUCCUUACACAUGCCACACGCCAUGGAGUCGCAACAAAAUCGGUCAACGAACUUUCCAAUGCCUUACAAGAUGCCCUCAUAUUACGCCACGCUCCCGCCGAGCCUCUACAAUCAUCUAGACUUCUACCUCAAACUCAAUCCAGAAACACUGUUCUUUAUAUUCUAUUAUAUGGAGGGAAGCAAAGCGCAGUAUAUGGCGGCGAAGGCGUUGAAGCAGCUGUCGUGGCGUUUUCACACGAGACAUCUUAUGUGGUUUCAGAGGAGAGACGAGCCGACACUCAUCACCGAAGAAUGCGAGCAGGGUUCCUACAUAUACUUUGACUAUGAAAAGUGGAUGCAACGAAAUGUCGACAACUUCACUUUCGAAUAUAAAUAUCUAGAAGAUAAAGAUUUGAGUUGAUUUAUUGGUUGAUUGGUUGGUUGAUUGAUUGAUUGAUUGAUUGAUUGAUUGAUUGAUUGAUUAUUAUUUUUAUAAAACUCACAUUAUUUUAAAGAGGGCCGAUGUUAUUAUUUAAACUUUUUUAAUAUUUAUUUUUCAACCAAUCGAUUGAUUGAUUGAUGUAUUGAUUGAUUAGUUGAUUGAUUGAUUGAUUGAUUGAUUGAUUGAUUGAUUGAUUGAUUGAUUGAUUGAUUGAUUGAUUGAUUGAUUGAUUGAUUGAUUGAUUGAUUGAUUGAUUGAUUGAUUGAUUGAUUGAUCCGUUGUUUGAUAUAUACUAAUUCAUUGAUAUUUUUAUUGACAACUUUUUUGAUAAAUUAUUAUUAUUA